CGACCGGUAGUCGAACCGCGUGCACGCCGAGUACGGGAAACGCAAAGUGCGCGGGGACCACGAACGCGUCUCUUCCGCGUCUCUUCCGCGAGUCGUUGCCGCGAUCGCGAUAGAAGAUAGAAGAUAGAACGUUUCGACGAAGGAGAAAAGGGAAAAGAAGGACGGAGGAGAGGAGGAGACACGAGGUCAAGUGCCGAGCACGAAGAGACGAUUCGACGACCGCGAAUGAAGAUAUCUCGAUCGGUCGCCGUUGCCUCCUAGGGAUCGAACGGGACGAUUUCUUGGACAUCGACGUGCGGCGAUCAUCGCGGUUCGGCUUCUCUCCUCUCAAACGUUCGGAACCUUCAUUUCGAUCCAUGUGUUUAACGGUUGCGGUCGGAUCGCGCGUCUGAUCGAAAUCGUGCGAUGAGCACCGUGCCCACUCGCGCGUUCAAUUCCCAGAUUGUCGGAUCCGAAUGUGUGAAUGCGGUUUCGUAAGAACGAUCCACGGGAGAGAUGAUGGACCAGGUAUGACGUUCGACUGAAUCGCUUACGGUACAGACGGUGGUGCACUGUCAGGAAACGACUAGCUUCGAAAUUGGGAUCAGGAUGCGGUGGAUCGGUUACGUGGCCACGAUUCUCUGGUGGUCGGGCAUCGCCAGGUCUCUCAGCACGCUGAAUCGAGGUCACAGUUACAAAAUUACUCCGAAACCCUGUAAAGUGCCCGGUUCGGAGGGUAAGGAAGGCACGUGCAUGUUCGUGUGGGAGUGCAUCAAGUCCGAGGGGACGCACGUGGGUGUGUGCGUGGACACCUUCAUGUUUGGCAGUUGUUGCAUUCACAACACGACGGUGAACACGAUAGGUGUGUCUCAUCGUCCUCCUCCUCCUCCUCAUCACCAUCAUCAUCAUCAUCAUCAGCAGCAACAGCAGCAGCAGCAUCACGAACACACGACGAGUGUGUUAAGACCGGAUCUGCUUCUGGCGGAGCCAACGGGGAACGAGACCAUCAGACUGACGUCGACUUCCCUGUCGGGCGUCUCCUCGACAGCGUCGAGCACCGCGAGGCCGAGUCUCCAUCAGUCCUCGGGCUCUCACGGUUAUCCCGGCGGAGGCUCGACCAGGCCGAUGAAACCGUACUCGCACGGGGUCGGGAGGCCUUUGCAGAAGAGGCCGCACGCCAAACCAACGUCCGAGCACGACGUCGACGGGCUGCAGACCCCCGCGGUGUCCUCCGCGUCUACGAACCCAUGGGCGGAAGGCAGGCCGCAAGAAACGAAGAGACCGGGUCAUCACGCGGGUCAAUCCCAUCACCACAAGACCAGGCCGGACGAGGGAACGCCGAGUGAGAAACCGUCGUCCGUUCAGAGCCAACCGGGCUUCAAGGACAAGGUGGAGACACACAACACGUUAAUAGUACGCUUGCCAGGGAAGGAGCACGCCGACGAUGAGGUCGUUGGUUCGAGCAAGCCGAACAAACAGGGCAAACCGGGUAAACCGGGCAAUCAAAGGCCCUUUGAAUCGAGACCGGGGGACGACGGGAAGACCGAAGACGCCGAUCUCAGCGUGCAGGAGACGAUAAAUCGGCCGAACGUCAAUUCCGUCAUUGAAAGCGAAACGAGCAAAGAACCGCAUCCGGGUUUGAAUUUCGUGCAUACCGAGCGGCCGCACUGGGCAACCAAACCAGCACAAUCGAAACCAUCGUCGACGGAUUUCUCCAAGCCGUAUUUUUCAAUCAAAACGACCACUUAUCGACCGAUAAGCAGUCAGGCUGAUCAUAGACCGAAUUUUAUCUCGAGACCCAACUGGGUGCUGUCCACAAAAACAUCGACGACAACGACUGCCAAGUCGACUCUUGCCAGGCAACCUUCCACCAGCACAGCCGGAUCCGUGCCACAAACCUCUCACUGGCAAGUGACCACGGAACCGGCGUUCGUCACAAAACAAAAACCGUCAUCGCUGUCCUCGUCGUCGUCGUCGUCGUCGUCGUUGUCAUUUUCAUCCUUUUCAACAUCGUUCUCCUCGCCCUCGUCAUCCUCAUCGCCGUCGUUAUCCAAACCGAUAACCGCGAUUACCGUGUCGGAGACCGUUCGAAUACCGUCUUCAGGUACGAGUUCCCAUUUCUGGUCGAACAGCUGGACGCCUGGACCUAGGCCGUCCUUGAAACCGCAUUGGACCGACAGUCCCAGUCUUCUUCAGAACGGCCCGGAAAGUUUUCCACCGCGACCGAGCCUCAAGCCGACCGAGUCUCAACAGAGCACCGAAUACCAGAAGCCCCUGGGCUCGGCGCACUACAUAACGACGUCCCACUUGGAGACUUCGACCAGGCCGCGGCCAACGAAGAAAACCACAACGCUGGCGAGCACGACGUUAUCCACGUUGACGUUUUCGAGCGUCACGAUCGGUACGAUCAGUCCGACAGUCGCUACGGCAACGAUGACGACCACGAGCAGCACGAUCAGCGCGAACAGCGCGAGUGCCACGAGCGUCACCACGACGCAAGGGUCGUCGACCACCGAGGUGGCGACGAGCGAGAAGGCGACGGGCUCGGUGAUGACGGUCGCGGCCGCUGACGAGAGCAAGAACAUGCAAUGCGGCGUGCCGCCGUUAUUUCCACGGCCGGAAACGAGGAUCGUCGGCGGCAAGGACGCGUCCUUCGGCCGGUGGCCCUGGCAGGUAUCCGUACGCAGGACAUCCUUCUUCGGCUUCUCGAGCACUCACCGCUGCGGUGGCGCGGUGCUCAACGAGAAUUGGAUCGCCACCGCGGGCCAUUGCGUUGACGACUUGCUGACGUCACAAAUCCGGAUACGAGUCGGCGAGUACGACUUCUCGUCCGUGCAGGAGCGGCUGCCCUACGUGGAGCGCGGCGUCGCCAAAAAGGUCGUGCAUCCCAAGUACAACUUCUUCACGUACGAGUACGACCUCGCGCUGGUGCGGCUCGAGAGUUCCCUGACGUUCGCCGCGCACAUCUCGCCCAUCUGCCUGCCGGCCACGGACGAUCUUCUGAUCGGGGAGAACGCGACGGUCACCGGCUGGGGAAGGUUGAGCGAGGGUGGAACGUUGCCCUCGGUGUUGCAGGAAGUCUCCGUGCCGAUAGUCAGCAAUGAUAGGUGCAAAUCGAUGUUCUUGAGGGCCGGCAGACACGAGUUCAUACCGGACAUUUUCCUUUGCGCCGGUUACGAGACCGGCGGGCAGGAUUCGUGUCAGGGCGACUCCGGAGGGCCCCUCCAGGUCCGCGGGAAGGACGGCAGAUACUUCCUCGCUGGUAUCAUAUCCUGGGGCAUCGGCUGCGCGGAGGCCAACCUACCGGGCGUGUGCACGCGAAUCUCCAAGUUCGUACCGUGGAUUUUGAAGAACGUCACCUGAUUUGCUCGCGACGAGAAACUUGCGCCAAGCGACGCGAAGAAGAACGACACGAAGAGACUCUCGAAAUCGGACGAAACUCAUCGUGCAAAUGAACGAUUCGCAGUAUUGUCUCGUCACGAUAUAUCAAAAAACAUUAUCCUAGGCUCUUUUCACGCGGAUGAGAAUACGCCUUUUAUAUCAUUUUGCAUUUAUUUAUUUGCAUUUACACUGCCACUUACGGAGUGAACAUUCUGGUUGCUAUGUAAUAAGAAGAAAUAUUCCGCACUGGAAAAGGUGGAAUUAGAUCAUCGCCGAGAAUAUAUAUAUAUAUAUAUAUCAUAAUGAUGUAUGUGUAAAGUCUCAUGCAUUGUAGCAGCACACUGAACUGUAUUUAUACAUAAAAGUAAGUAAGGAAAUAAUAUAUUUGCUAAAUUAAGGUUACAGCUAAAUAAACGAGAGAAGUCUGAGUUGUGUAAUGAAAAGAUCAUCAGGAAUAGUUCGAUAAUUUUCAAGGAUACUUUAUAUUUUCACUCUUGCCAUUUCGUUUUGAAGUAAAUAAAUACAGAAUACACAAACAUAUGCCGAAAAAGAAUUAAAACGGAAUGAUAAA